AUGUUGUCCAAGUUGGCCCUCAUUCCUCUUCUGUCCGCCGCCGUCUCGGCAUCUCCCAUCGAUGUCCGCGCCUCGGUGACCGACCUCAACGGCAGAGCCGUUUCAAUCACCUCUGAGGACUUUGCCAACCUCGAGUUCUACACACAAUAUGUCCAGUCGACUGGUUGCAACAGCGACGCCGCCGCCGGCGCGAGCAUCGUCUGCAGCUCCGACGCCUGUCCCUCCGUCGAGGCCAACGGCGCCAAGGUCGUCGGCACCUUCUCCGGCCCCGUCUCCGGCGUCGAGGGCCUCGUUGCCACCGACCCCGUGAGGCAGAACAUCGUCGUCGCCUGCCGCAGCUCCCACAACGUCCGCAACUGGAUCACGAACCUCCUCUUCGGCUUCGAGGACUGCGACUUCGCCGACGGCUGCAAGAUCCACUCGGGCUUCUCCAACGCCUGGGACGAGGUCAAGGACGAGAUCAUCGCCUCCGUCCAGGCCGCCAAGGCCGCCAACCCGGGCUUCAGCGUCGUCGCCACGGGACACUCCCUCGGCGGCGCCCUCGCCACCAUCGCCGCCGCUGAGCUCCGCCGAGAAGGCUACCCGACCGACAUCUACACCUAUGGCAGCCCCCGCGUCGGCAACGCCGCCUUCACCGACUUCGUCACCGUCCAGGCCGGCGCCGAGUACCGCGUCACCCACGUCGACGACCCCGUCCCCCGCCUGCCCCCCAUCUUCCUCGGCUACCGCCACACCAGCCCCGAGUACUGGCUGUCCACCGGCAGCACCACCACCGUCAACUACACCAUCAGCGACGUCAAGAUCUGCGAGGGCGACGCCAACACGAAGUGCAACGGCGGCACCUUCGGCCUCAACAUCGACGCCCACGGCUACUACUUCAGCAAAACCGGCGCCUGCAACACCGACGGCUUCGAGUUCCGCGAGAGGGAGGAGGAGAUUUCCGACGCCGACCUCGAGAACCGCCUCAAGACCUGGGCGCAGAUGGACGUUGAGUUCUCCAAGGGUCUGGGCUUUUAA